AUGCCAAUCGAUCUGCUCAUUGUCGGCGCUGGUCCAGCAGGUCUUCUGGCGGCCUGCUGGGCCUCUCAAUACCCGAUAUCAACGCGCAUUAUUGACAAGAAUCCGUCCCGAAAACCAACCGGCCAUGCGGAUGGAAUUCAUAGUCGCACGCUCGAGAUCCUCGAUAGCUUCGGGAUCGUAGAUCGGAUCACGCGAUUGGGCGCUCAGGAGAUUGAGAUGUGUUACUGGGGCCGCGAUGAGAAGAAAGGCCAGCUUCAGCGGGAGAAGAGGCUUCGAAGUCAGCCUGAGGAAUUGUCUCCAUUCAGCCAACGGCUGUUGAACCAGGGGAUUAUGGAGGAGGUGAUGAUCGACUAUUUGCGCGGAAAGGGAGUGGAAGUCGAAUGGAGUACGGCGGCUGAAUCAUUGGAAAUGGAUCAUGACGACUUGCCUGUCGUCUACGUGAGCCGUGGUCAAGUUGGGAAAGACAUAAUCUCAGCACGUUACAUGAUCGCCUGCGACGGAGCGCGCAGCUGGACGAGAGACCAACUGCAUAUCCCAAUGGAUUCGUUAUCCGCACCCUCUGAAGAGUCUAUCUGGGGCGUGAUGGAUUUUGUCCCAAUAAGUGAUUUCCCCGAUAUACGCCAAUCCUGCGCCAUCCAUGCCUGCUCGAGAAGCGGCAUUAUGCAGCUUCCACGCGAGAACCGUCUGAUCCGAUUAUACAUACAGCUGAAGCAUGACGACGAGUUGGGACAAAAAGCGAUACAAAAUGCACACGACAAAAACACACCAAAGCGACUUUUGCAGAUUGCACAGCGCACAUAUGAACCGUACCGAAUGGACUUUAAGCGCUGUGACUGGUGGUCGCUUUACCAUAUAGGGCAACGACUAGUUCAGGAGUAUAGGAUCCGCGAUCGGAUCUUCCUUGCCGGCGAUGCAGCCCACACCCAUUCUCCUAAAGGAGGGCAAGGCAUGAAUGUAUCCAUGCAAGACACGUACAACCUGGUCUGGAAACUUGCCUCUGUCAUUCUAGGGCGAGUGGACCCCUCCAUCCUGGAGACGUACAACUCCGAACGACGGCCAGUGGCUCAAGAACUUAUGCGCAUGGACUCAGACCUCGUGCACGCUUAUGAGCAGCAACCCGGGACGAGCGGGUAUACCAACAGCGUGGAUAAGAUUCGAGAACAAUAUACGGGGUUCAUGACUGGUGUGAAAGUCAAAUAUUCGCCCAAUGUUCUGAUUGCAGACAACAAAAACAGUUUGGCCAGGAAUAUUGAGCUGGGAAUGAGACUGCCGUCAUUUCGAGUGGUUCAUCAGGCAUCUGCUUGCCCGUUGCGUCUCGCAGAGAGACUCGUGAGUAAUGGAUUCUGGAGGGUUCUGGUAUUCUCUGGGGAUCUUCGGGAAGAUACGAGCCGACGACGUCUCGACUCUUUUGCGGAAGCCUUCAAGCCACGUUUGGAGACCAUGCGUAUACCCAUCGAAGUACUGUUAAUUCAUUCCAGUUCUCGAACGGAUGUAUCCAUCCUGAAUCUCCCUGACAUCUUCCACCCAUUCGAUGAGACCCUUGGAUGGGACUAUUCUCGAGUCUUUGCGGACAAGGACGCGUAUGAAGGAUAUGGAGUCAAAAGUGGGUGCGUUGUGGUUUGUCGUCCGGACCAACAUGUCGGCUGGAUUGGCGUGGAUGUCGAUGGUCUGAACGAAUAUUUCUCUUUUGUAAAGUGA